UUACUAUUUCUAUACUACUCCAUACUAUUUUACUUGGACAGAAAGGCGGUACCAGAUCGGUACAAUAAACAAAUUAACCUGGUUCUGUGGAUGUGGGUGUAGUGGGCAAUUUGCAUUUUUUUUCAGUCUGUGCAUCUCUUGUUUUCCUGUCUCAGAAUGAUGACACCACCAAUGACUACAUCAGUGGUGCAGUCAACACUGAGGAGAUGUCCACACAUACCUUGCCCAUAGUCUUUCAGAACGGAAACCUACAGGUGAACAGCAUCUACCAGCAAACCACACAGGGGCCUGUGAUUGUGUACAGUUUGGCUGGUCCAGCAGGAGGCGCUGUGGGGCUUGGUGAGGAUGUGCAGAUAGUGAGGGUGAACAUGGGUGCACCGGUCGGGGAGGAUCCACUGGACUUCCCACCUAUUAUGUCUGAGAUCUUCAGUCUCGCUGACGGCUCCGAGCCUCUGGAGGGCUCUGGCGAGCUGGAGCUCCAGCACCUGCUCGGCACCCUGCGCCGCACCGUCCUGCCGGCCCACUGGAUGGCGGUACUGGCCAAGGGCCCUGCUCUGCAGCUGCUGCAGUGCUCCCGGCGCUCGCCCAUGGCCGACGCGCUGCUCCAGAUUGAGCCGGGCCUCUGCUACGGGCUGAGCGUGCAGGGCCAGCCGCUGCCGCCGGCGCACCCGGUCUAUGAGCGCCACCCGCCACACCUCACCUCCGUCAGCCUGGUGGUCGAGCUGCUGCUGGACCUAGAGGGCAUGGCUGUGUGCCAGGGCUAUCCGUGGGGGUCGGCGCUGGCGGUGAGGCCGCGCACCAACGAGGCCGUGCUCUGCGUGAGGGACGCCUUCUGCCAGCUGCUGGUGGAUCCCGUGGAGGAGGGGGAGCGGUGCCACAGGUGCCACCCGCCCUCGUCAGACGUAUGAGGAGGAGAAGUGGGGUGGGCCCGGCACGAGACGGACUAGUAGUUUCUAGUAGUUCAGGGACACGGCAGGCCUGUGGGGGCCUAUGAGAGUUUGGGGUGUCUCUAUCGCCAUCCUGAAAUCUGGUUCAAAUGAAUGAUGCUUGUUGUAAUGAAGAAACAGUAGGCGAACGCCUCUGGGAAGAACUCACACCCAGCGACGGGAAAACCUCUGUAGAAAUGUCUCUGUACAGGCACAGAUGUGCCCCUGUGCCUUUCCUCUGCCCGUCUCCUGUUCCAUUAGUGAAGGGUUUGACGCCAGAUGCAGUUGAGAUGGCACACUUUUCAUGCUCCUUCCUUUUCCAUUCCGACACUUCCCCGCCAGCACUGAGGAUGUUCAGGGAAAAUGCGGUGAGCAUAUGGGAUCAGUCCUGGGGGAGACCGGCGUGCUUCCUGGCCUUGCUGAUGCAGGUCCGUAAGCACAGCGAUGCAACAGGGACAGGAGCUGUGUACAGCAUCUUUGGUGUUCCCUUUUGCGCCAGCUCUCUAUAGAGCCAAGAGAGAGGCCUAUAGAGAGUUUGGCACUUUGUGUUUCCACACUGAAAUGGGAUCCAUUGUGGUGCUUGCUGUUGUAACAAGUGGUUAUAAUGGUAUAGUUAAUGACUCACAGAUCACUUCUGAAGUUCCCCAGUGUGCUUUGGUGCAGGGACAUCUGCGCCUCAGUGCUGCUUUGGGUUUUACUCAGUGCAGCAGUUGAAGAGUUCAACUACCUCUCCAGGUGCUAGACCAACAGUAUGUUCUGCAGAAUUCGGUUUUAAGUAUUGUUUCUCCUCACAUAUUGACAAAGUGCAGCUUUAACAGUUUACAUUUCUCUCUCUCUCUCUCUUUAUAUAUAUAUAUAUAUAUAUAUAUAUAUAUGAUAAUACAUAUAUUUAAUAUCUUGCCAUUUUAUCACAUGCAUUUGGCAUUUGGGCAACAGGACAAUUUGGUAAUUUGUACCAUUUUGAGUUGUCCUGGAAGAGAUAUAUUUUCCCUGUUUUAUUUGUUUUGGUUUGUUAUAUAUACAAAGAAUGAUCUAGUGUCACAAGUACCUAAUUUUCCUUGCUUAUAUUCUCUCAGGGGAUGGAACAAUAAUUCAAUCCUGGGGGAAUAAAUAGCCAAAUAAUAUACUUUGUAAUAUUAAUAUUGUUAAAAGUAUUUUGCUUUCGAGUUGUUGGAAGUUGAUCUGUUCUGACGUCAACAUUGAGUAAAAUUAUUCAGCUUUCUGUUGCAUUGACUAAUAUUUCAAAGUGUUUUUUUUUUUUUUUUUUUUUUUAAGUGGGGCCAAAUCAUUGAUGACAGUGAUGCCUACACUUUUCAACAAACAAAACCAAAAUAUGUCCAUCUUUGUAAAUCGUUGAUGUCCGUUUGCUCUGUAAGCGCGUGAGAAAUAUUUGCACACUGGAAUUGUACUGCAAACAGUUUUCCCUUCUUGUCAAGUGCCUCUGUUGAAAGAAUUUCCCCCUAACUUUUGCUUUAGGAUGUCAUACUACAUUAUUUUAUGUUACCACAUUCAGAAUCUGAAUGAGUAGGUUACAGUUGGAUUGUGUCACUUGAAAUAGAAUUGUGCUCUGUAAAAUACAACAUUUGGAGAAUUAAUGUUGAUAACCGUUAAAAAAUUCUGUUUCUGUUGAAACAAGCUCUUGCACUACUGACAUUGUUUUUCACAGAUAGCACACAUUGUAUUAAAAUAACCCUGUUUCUUAAA